GUUCGUUCCUCCUUCCUUCCAUCCAUCCAUUUAUUCUUUUUCCUUUCCUUUUCCUUCAUCAUCCCUUUUUGAAUUCAUCUAUUUCUCUUCCUCCGUUCAGUCCUCUCAUACCCUUUUAGAUACCCUCAGCAUGGCUGACACUGUUGGAAAGACCAUCACCUGCAAGGCCGCCGUUGCCUGGGAGGCCGGCAAGCCCCUCUCCAUUGAGGACAUCGAAGUCGCUCCCCCCAAGGCUCACGAAGUCCGCAUUCAAGUUCACCACACUGGUGUCUGCCACACUGACGCCUACACUCUCUCCGGAAAGGACCCCGAAGGUGCUUUCCCCGUCGUCCUCGGUCACGAGGGUGCCGGUAUUGUCGAGUCUGUCGGCGAGGGCGUCACCUCCGUGAAGCCUGGCGACUAUGUCAUUGCUCUUUACACCCCCGAAUGCCGUGAGUGCAAGUUCUGCAAGUCCGGCAAGACCAACCUGUGUGGUAAGAUCCGUGCCACCCAGGGUAAGGGUGUGAUGCCCGACGGUACUUCCCGCUUCAAGGCCCGCGGCAAGGACCUCCUCCACUUUAUGGGUACCUCCACUUUCUCUCAGUACACCGUUGUCGCCGACAUCUCUGUCGUCGCUGUGACUCCCGAGAUCCCCACCGACCGCUCCUGCCUGCUGGGCUGCGGUAUCACCACCGGUUACGGUGCCGCCGUCGUCACCGCCAAGGUCGAGGAGGGCUCGAACGUUGCCAUCUUCGGUGCUGGCUGUGUCGGUCUCUCCGUCAUCCAGGGUGCCGUCAAGAACAAGGCUGGCAAGAUCAUCGCCGUUGACGUCAACGACGGCAAGGAGGCCUGGGCCCGCAAGUUCGGUGCCACCGACUUCGUCAACCCCACCAAGCUCGAGGGCAAGACUAUUCAGGAGAAGCUGAUCGAGAUGACCGACGGUGGAUGUGAUUACACUUUCGACUGCACCGGUAACGUCGGCGUCAUGCGUGCUGCCCUGGAGGCUUGCCACAAGGGUUGGGGUGAGAGUAUCGUCAUUGGUGUUGCUGCUGCUGGACAGGAGAUCUCUACCAGACCAUUCCAACUCGUCACCGGCCGUGUAUGGAAGGGUUGCGCCUUCGGUGGUAUCAAGGGCCGUACCCAAUUGCCCGGCCUGGUUGAUGACUACCUGAGCGGCCAGCUCAAGGUUGAUGAGUUCAUCACCCACCGUGAGACUCUGGGCAACAUCAACACUGCCUUCGAGCAGAUGCACCACGGUGACUGUGUCCGCUGCGUUGUGGACUGCCGUCAAUAAAUUAUAAUGAAAAGUGUUUUGACCUGUAUGCUUGCUCGAUGAUAUCAAUGUGAUGAAUUAUGUAUGAUUGAAAGCCAUAGUAAGCCAAGAAUGAUAGAACAAUUGCAACACAACCAAGAAAAGAGUCAAGCAACGA